AUGGCCGCCGACGUGUUCAUGCGGCCGGCGCGGCUGCUCGGGGCGGCGGGGCCGCUGUCCCCCCGCACGGAGCCCGACGAGGACUCGUCGGACACGGACGAUGGCGGAGCGUCGCCGGGCGGGGGGCGGCGGUGCGGGCCGCGGCGGGGGCAGCCCCCGGGCCCGCAGAUCAUCCACUCGGGGCACUUCAUGGUCUCGUCGCCGCACAGCGAGCACCCGCCCAAGAAGGGCUACGACUUCGACACGGUCAACGAGCAGACCUGCCAGACCUACCAGUUCGGGGCGGCCCGCGGCGGCGGCGGCGCCGGCGGCCGCCUCAGCAUCGACGCGUCCCUCACGAAGCUGUUCGAGUGCAUGUCCCUGGCCUACAGUGGAAGGUUGGUUUCACCAAAAUGGAAAAAUUUUAAGGGACUGAAGCUUCAGUGGAGAGAUAAAAUCCGUCUCAAUAACGCCAUCUGGAGGGCCUGGUACAUGCAGUACCUGGAGAAGCGCAAGAACCCCGUGUGCCACUUUGUGACCCCUCUGGACGGCUCCGUGGACGUCGACGAGCACCGGCGGCCUGAGGCCAUUGCAACAGAGGGGAAGUACUGGAAACGAAGAAUUGAAAUAGUCAUUAGGGAAUACCACAAGUGGAGAACAUACUUCAAGAAAAGGUUACAGAAACACAAAGAUGAAGAUCUUUCAAGUUUGGUCAGGGAUGAUGAUGUGGUUCUCUGGCAAAAGAGAAGGUAUGGCAGAGAAACCCCUGUGCCCAUGGAGGAAGGCAGCCUGCUGGAUGCAGACAUGCUCAUGUCCGAGUUCACCGACACCCUGUUCUCCACGCUCUCUUCACAUCAGCUGGUUUCCUGGCCAAACUCCAGGGACAUAGGACACUUAGGAAAUGCUGACAUGAUUCAACCAGGGCUUAUUCCUCUCCAACCAAAUUUUGAUUUUAUGGAUACUUUUGAGCCUUUUCAGGAAUUAUUCACACCCAGUCGCUCCAGUAAUUAUUUCCCUUCCGUGUCUGCUGUCAGCUCAGCUACCACAGACAGCAGCAGCCACUCGUCCCAGUCUCCUGUCCUGCCGUCGGGUUCGCUGCCCAGCACGCUUCCAGCAGGGAACAUCAGCGAUGGACUGAUUCCUUCCUCAGUACCUGCUCCUGUCAUUCCUGACGUCGUUGCUGACCAGUGUUCCAGCAUUAGAAGUGGGGGAUCUUUCAUCCAGCCAGCAGACUUCCCUCCUGACUCGUCUCUCAGCGGGCCACAAACUUUCAUGUCGGUGUUCCAGACGCCGCUGCCGCUGCUGCAGCCCCCGAGCGCCCAGCAGCCGCCCCCGCUGCCCGCGGUGCCGCUCGGCUCCAGCCUGAGCCCCGCCCCCGCCGCCUUCGCCGCUCCAGAAACGCCCAAGUUCGGCCUCUGCGAGUCCUCGGUCAUCACUCACACGGCCUCUGCCACGCUGACCCACAACGCCCCUGCCACCACCUUCAGCCAGAGCCAGAGCCAGAGCCUGGUGCUGGCCACGCAGCAGCCGGGGGCAGGAGUGCCUUGUAACCUGGCCUUCCAGACUGCUGUUGUGCAGGGGCAGCCCCGGCCCCAGCUGCAGUCCCAGCUGACAUUUGCACUCCCCAAACCUGUUCCUCUGGCCAGUGCUGGGACAAGGCCCAAACAGUCACAAAAAAUAGUGCCUGCUCCGAAGCUUGAAACAGUGUCCUUAGUGGUAAAGAAUGCCUUCAUCACCCCAGCUGCCUUUCAGGGACAGUCCAGAGCUGUGAUUGUAACUCCAGCACCUUUAAAAAGAGAGGGGAUUUUGACGCCAGCCACGUCUCAGUCUAAUGUUGCAAUUGCACCAGCUGGAAUUGUCAGAGCUCCCGGGGUGACGGAGUUCCGUAGUAACAUUCUGGUUGGUCCAGCACAGCGAGCACCAAGUAGUCAACAAAGCCAGUCCACAGUCUCACAUCUCUUUCCUCCUAGUGUAGUCCAAGAUGUGUUGGUGAAAGGAGAGCACAUCCCUUCCCACUGUAGCAGUUCACAAGUUCCCUCACCUACACCUAGCCGGGACUGUCAAAAUUCAGGCCAGGCUUCCCCCUGCACCUCUGAGCAGAGCCCCAGUCCACAGUCUCCUCAGAACAGCUGCUCAGGAAAACCUGCCACUGACCCUGCUGUGGCUGCACUUAAGAAUCGAAGGAUGAGGCAUCUUUCAGAACAAAAACGAAGGUCUAAUAUCAAGAUUGGUUUCAGUGCUCUGAACAGCUUGGUGUCAGCCAACUCCAAGUCGAUCAGCCACGCCAUCACGCUCCAGAAGACAGUGGAAUACAUCGCCAAGCUGCAGCAGGAGAGGAGCCAGAUGCAGGAGGAGACCCGGCGGCUCCGGGAGGAAAUCGAGGAGCUGAACGCCACCAUCCUUUCUUGCCAGCAGCAGCUCCCUGCUACCGGGGUUCCCGUGACGCGGCAGAGGUUUGACCACAUGAGGAAGAUGUUUGAUGAGUACGUGAGAAGCAGGACCCUGCAGAACUGGAAGUUUUGGAUUUUCAGCAUUAUUAUAAAGCCAUUGUUUGAGUCCUUCAAUGGGAUGGUUUCCACAACAAGCUUUAAGGAUCUGAACGAAACUGCACUGGCCUGGUUGGAUCAGCACUGUUCUCUUCCUGUUCUGAGGCCAAUGGUGCUGAACACCCUGAGGCAGCUGAGCAGGAGCACCUCGAUCCUGUCGGACCCGCAGCGGCUGCCGGAGCAGGCGCGCGAGGCCGUGGCGAAGGUGAACAAGAGAGCUGGGGACACCUAA